CAGCUCAGUCUGCUGAGUGCGAGGUUUGGCUAACGCCGUCUGAGUGUAGGUCCUGGAUACUCAGCACAUCAUGUUUUGGGAGCUGCCCCCUGUGAUCCCGAGCGAGUUGCUCCAGGUACAAAUGCCUUGUGAUGAGCAAUUGUGGGAAGUGCCAAGUCAGUGCCGAUUUUUGGAACUCCUCGAUGAAACAAGAAAUUCGACAGUACCACGCCGUCUCAGACGACUGGGACAGGAGUUGUCCUAUAUCUACCGCACGAAAAGACGGCCCGAGGGGCUCAGCGAUUUUCAUACUCUGAUUUUGUCAAUGGGUGUUUUCAGAGAUGCUAAUCGUUUAGAAAACCCAAGCGCCUAUCUAGAUAUUCUUCGGCAAUCGGACUCACCCGCCUCACAACAAUCCCAAAUGGGGCGGCUAGCCAUCCAACACAACCAUCUCAUGGCUCUCCUUCUGAAAAUAAGAGCCCGCGAACUUUUUGCCUUCUCAGGAUGGCGCAUCGAUGAUGCAGAGAGAGCAAAGAGCUGCUUUCGGCUCCAUCGGUGGGGAAAAGAAAGGGGCUCCGAAGCGCGUUGCGCAGUCCUCCAUGCUGCCAAGGCCUUUAGUUGCCUCCGUACGUAUCCGACGCAGGGUUACCAUAAGACUCAGUGUAUUCUCCUAUCAACUCUCAUGAUCUGGGCAUACGUGGAUUGUUGCGCGCCUAGCGACGUCGAGCCAACGGUAGACUACGGGGCCAACGAGGCGAGAGCCAACACGCUACGGUUUGAUAAGUGCUCAUUAGAAGAUCCAAUGGUAGAGGAGUGGCUGCGGAACGGAGAAAGGGUCCGGCCGUAUCUUGCUGGAGUUGGGAGCUUGGAGGAGCGCGGCGCAACAACGCGACUAAUUAAGGAGACCGUUCGGCUGCUUACCAGUGACGAGUCUUGGCCCCUUAGCUAUACUGUGCGCUUUCUGCUCCAGGAUCACUACAGUUCGAAGGCAGAAUGC